CUUAAUCACAACAUUUUAACAUUCACUAAACCAUUCACAAAAUAAUGGUUCUAUAUAGAGCCAAGUAAGGGUUAUUUGGCUCAUAGCCAUAGCGGAUCCCAUUGUGUUCCAAAUGGAACCUUUAGGAUGCUAUAAAUAACCGUUCCUAAGGUUCUGUAAAUAACCAUUAUUAAACAUUUCUAUAUAGCCCCCAAAAAGAGUUCUGCUAUGGUUACAACCCUUAAGGGGCUAUAUAGAACCGUUUAAACUUUUUUUAUCGAACCUUUAUGGAGAACCAUAUUAUAAAGAACCUUCCUCAAUCUCAAUGGUUCUUUGUAAACCCCUUUGAAGAACCAUACCGGGCUUUUUAUUCUGGGUAGCCAUAUUAUAUUUGUUUAAUUCCAUAAAUAUUAUUAUUGUGUUAAUUGACCAGUUUAAUCAGGUGUGGUAGCUCUGGAACAGCUGGGGGUCCCUGAGGAGAACAUUGAGAACCACUGACUUCAUCAACCAUUGUCAGUUGACAGAAGGCCAUAUAUGGCAAAAAAAACGAACAAAACUAAAAAGUCUGGAAAUGUACUGUAAGUCGCUCUGGAUAAGAGCCUCUGCUAAAUGACUCAAAUGUAUGACCUCACUAGUGCAAGUCUCUCUGGAUAAGAGCUAAAUGACUUCAAGAUAAAUGUGAGGCUUUCACAAGAUACCGUCACUGGCCAUAGUCAUAUUUAACAUGUAAAGGCAUAACACAACUGAUUAAAUAAACUGGAAUUACACUCUCACGGUUGCACAAAAAGUGCUGGGCGCAAACCACGCCACAAAAUAUUCUAAUGAUCCACCGCCACUAAAUUUGAAUCGAUAAAAGGUGAAAGAACCAUUUUCUGAACUGCAAAGAACCAUUGAAGGGCUCAAUGGGUUUUCAUUAUGGUUCCACAUAGAACCAAGGUUUAGUGAAUAUUAAAAUGUUGAUUAAACAUGACCAUAUUUUAUAGACUUCUAAACAGGAAGUGUAGGGACAACACCAGGGUCUUCAGUCUCAAUGUUGUUGGAGGGAAGGAUCUGCAGAGGGACUCUGAACUAGAACAGAAGAAUUAGAUGUUUCUUCAACAGCUUCUUUCUCAACACCAACCCCUGCUAAGAGAAAGAGGAAGGGAUCGUUCUGCAUACCAAUGGAAACUCAAGUCUUACCUGAAAGAUACAUACACAAAUGUAUUUGAGGGGAUACCUGAAGCAGGAAAUUCAGUAGAUCUCAAUGAGAUCUACACAGCGCUCUACAUCACAGAGGGUGGAAGUGGAGAGGUCAUAACUGGACAUGAGGUGAGGCAUAUUGAGACAACAACCAGGAGAUCAACAAGACCAGAGACAUCAAUCAAAUGCAAUGACAUCUUUAAACCCUCAACUGGACGAGGCAAACAUAUCAGAACUGUGCUGACAAAGGGAGUCGCUGGCAUUGGAAAAACUGUAUCUGUGCAGAAGUUCAUUCUGGACUGGGCGGAAGGAAAAGCAAACCAAGACAUUCAUUUCAUUUUUCCACUCCCUUUUCCAGAGCUGAAUUUGAUGAAAAAGGAAGAGCAUAGCUUUGUUGGCAUUGUAGAUCAUUUUUUUGUAGGUGUGAAAGAAUCAGGAAUUUUCAAGAACAACAAUUUCAAAUUUCUGUUUAUCUUUGAUGGUCUGGAUGAGUGCCGACUGCCCCUAGACUUUGAAAAUAACAAGAGUUGCCGUGAUGUGACAAAGUCAACCUCAGUGGACGUGCUGUUGACAAACCUCAUCCACAGGAAGCUGCUUCCCUCUGCUCUCCUCUGGAUAACCUCCCGAUCUGCAGCAGCCAAUCAGAUCCCUCCGGAGUGUGUUGACCAGGUGACGGAGGUACGAGGGUUUAACGAUCCACAGAAGGAAGAGUACUUCAGGAAGAGAUUCAGUGAUGAUGAGGACGUGGCCAGCAAAAUAAUCACUCACAUAAAGACAUCAAGGAGCCUCCACAUCAUGUGCCACAUACCGGUCUUCUGUUGGAUUUCUGCCACAAUUCUUGAAGACCUGUUGUCUGAAAAGAAGACAGGAGAGAUACCCAAGAACCUGACUGAGAUGUACUCACAAUUCUUUGUAUUUCAGUCCAAACAGAAGAAUAGGAAGUAUAAUGGACAAGCUAAGACAGUGUCACACUGGAAUAAAAAGAUGAUAAUGAAAAUCUGUAAGUUGGCUUUCCAACAGCUUCAAAAUGGCAACCUGAUCUUCUACAAGUCAGACCUGAAAGAGUGUGGCAUUGAUGUCACUGAAGCCUCAGUGUACUCAGGAGUGUGCACACAGAUCUUUAGACAGGAGACUAGGAUUUCCAAGGAGAAGGUGUACUGCUUUGUGCAUCUCAGCAUACAGGAGUUUCUAGCUGCUGUGUAUGUCUUUCUCUCAUUCAACAACAGAAAUCGAAAUCUAUUAUCUAAGACACAGUCAACCCCCCGAAGGCUUCUCACGCAGUUCAGGACAAUAUCGACAAUUGAAUUCCACAAGCGUGCAGUGGACAAGGCCUUACAGAGUAAGAAUGGACACCUGGACUUGUUCCUUCGUUUCCUUCUGGGUCUCUCACUGGAGUCCAAUCAGAUUCUCUUACGAGGCUUACUGAACGAGAGAACAAGAAGGUCAGAGGACAAUGAGGAAACAGUCAAGUACAUCAAGGAGAAGAUCAGGGAGAAUCCCUCUCCAGAGAGGUGCAUCAAUCUGUUCCACUGUCUGAAUGAACUGAAUGACCAUUCUCUAGUGGAGGAGAUCCAAAGCUACCUGAGAUCAGGAAGUCUCUCAAAACCCAAACUGUCACCUGCACAGUGGUCAGCUCUGGUCUUUGUGUUGCUGACUUCAGAAAAGGAGCUGGAUGUGUUUGACCUGAAGAAAUACUCCAGAUCAGAGGAAGGCCUUCUGAGGCUGCUGCCAGUGGUCAAAGCCUCCCAAACCGCUCUGCUUAAUGAGUGUAACCUCACUGUGAAAUGCUGUGAAGCCUUGGCCUCAGCUCUGUACACGACCUGUAAACAACACCUGAGAGAGUUGGACCUAAGUGACAAUGACCUGCAGGAUUCAGGAGUGAAGCUGCUCUCUGCUGGACUGGAGAAUCCCCACUGUAAACUGGAGACUCUGAGGCUGUCCGGCUGUCUGCUCACAGAGGAAGGCUGUGCUUUUCUGGUCUCAGCUCUGAGGUCAAACCCCUCACACCUGAGAGAGCUGGACCUAAGUGACAAUGACCUGAAGGAUUCAGGAGUGAAGCUGCUUUCUGAUGGACUGGGGAAUCCCCACUGUGAACUGGAGACUCUGAGGCUUCUUAGAUGCAACCUCACAGAGAAAAGUUGUGAAUUUCUGGCUUCAUAUCUCAACUCCUCACACCUGAGAGAGCUGGAUCUGAGUAACAAUGACCUGAAGGAUUCAGGAGUGAAGCUGCUCUCUGCUGGACUGGAGACUCUGAGAGUUAGAGGAUGCAACCUCACAGAGAAAAGCUGUGAAUUUCUGGCCUCAUAUCUCAACUCCUCCCACCUGAGAGAGCUGGACCUGAGUGACAACAACCUGCAGGAUUCAGGAGUGAAGCUGCUCUCUGCUGGACUGGAGAAUCCCCACUGUAAACUGGAGACUCUGAGGCUGUCAAGCUGUCUGCUCACAGAGGAAGGCUGUGCGUCUCUGGUCUCAGCAAUGAGGUUAAACCAUUCCCACCUGAGAGAGCUGAACCUGAGUGACAACAACCUGCAGGAUUCAGGAGUGAAGCUGCUCUCUGCUGGACUGGAGAAUCCCCACUGUAAACUGGAGACUCUGAGGCUGUCAGGCUGUCUGGUCACAGAGGAAGGCUGUGCUUCACUGGUCUCAGCUCUGAGGUCAAACCCCUCACACCUAAGAGAGCUGGACCUGAGCUACAAUCACCCAGGAGACUCAGGAGUCAGACUGCUCUCUGCUGGACUGGAGGAUCCACACUGGAGACUGGAGAAACUUGACAUUGGAAAUGGUGAAAAGUGCAGAAUCAGACCAGGGCUAAAGAAAUAUGCCUGUGAUGUCACACUGGACCCGAACACAGCAUACAGAAACCUCUCUCUGUCAGACGGGAACAGGAAGGUGACAUGGAGGUUAGAGAACCAGCUGUAUCCUGAUCACCCAGAGAGAUUUAACUACUGGGACCAGGUGCUGUGUAGAGAGGGUCUGACUGGGUGCUGUUACUGGGAGGUAGAGUGGAGUGGGAGGGCUCAUAUAGGAGUGACAUAUAAAGGAAUCAGCAGGAGAGGAGACAGGAAUGAUUGUGUGCUGGGAGCCAAUAACAAGUCCUGGAGUCUGUGGAGUUCCAACGACAGUCACACUGCCUGGCACAAUAACAAGGAAACUGACAUACCUGUCCCAUCAGCCCACUCCAACAGAGUAGGAGUGUAUCUGGACUGGCCAGCCGGCACUCUGUCCUUCUAUAGAGCCUCCUCUGACACACUGACCCACCUGUACACAUUCACCUCCACGUUCACUGAGCCCCUCUAUCCAGGGUUUUGGGUUUGGUAUGAAUCCUCAGUGUGCCUGUGUCAGGUAAAAACAUUUCAUUAGGAAAGCUUAGAUCUUACUGUUGACUGAUGUUUGUAAAUAAUGAUGUUUGUAGAAUGUUUAUUUAGUCAAAUUGUUGACGCAACAACCCUGCCUCUGUUUGAACUCAGUUCCACUAUAUGGGACGUUCUUGGUUCGGAUAAAGAAAAAAUAAAGCUGUUGUUUUAAAACACA